AUGAAACAGUUCAUACAGGUCAGGUACAGGUCGGUGUCAAUGGCCGGAGAGGUCCACUUGUCCUCCCGCAGAGUGAUGCGCAAGAUCCAGCAAGGCCGGGCCAGGCCCGCUAUAUUCUACCAGUUCGACUCCCUAGUAGAGCUCAGCGAUGGCUCGGUCAUUUCGAGGAGGUCGCCCGCACCCAAGGAUGAAAUCCGGAUGAUCAACGAUCAAAGAAACAGCGUGCUUUGGAACCCGCACAGGGCCGACUUGGACACGUUGGACUUGACUGCCACGGGCAAGAUUGGCAAGUUCAAAGCCCGGUUUGGCCAGUUUGGUGGGGAGCAACACGAGGGAGACGAGAAAUUGUUCAGCUUGAUGGCGGAGAAUGCCGAGGAGAUCACCACUGGGAAGUUGUAUGAUAAGAGAGCAGACUACAAGCGGUUGAAAUAG